AUGCCGGUAUUAGUUGGCCCCUACGAUGGGCGAAAAGCUCGGAGGAAGCGUUGUAAUGCCUGUGUAAAGCGCCAAAUCAAGUGUCAUGGAGGUGUGCCUUGUGCAUACUGCCAACGAACUAGUCAAGCAUGUGUGAUGAGAUCCAGGUCCAUACAGCCGGGUGUGGUCUUUGUUGGUCAAUCAUCGGAUGAGGAUAGCAGUACAUCUGUUGUCUCAGCUGUUCGAAGGACUGCUUCCGCCCGGCUGCCUAAGCAGAUCCCAGCUCAAAGGACAGCCUGCUACUUGCCAUACUUCUUCACUCAAUUCUUACCAUCGAACACGUUCACUGCCGAGAAAUUUGUAGUCAAUGAUGAUCUGCUCGUCAUGGUUCAAGAAUCAGCUGGGCUGCGAGACGCGGUGGAUGCCGUAGCUGCACUUCACGCAAAGAAACGAGGAUAUCUGACCUGCUCAGAGCAAAUGGAAACAGUGAAUGCAGAGGCAUUGCAAACUUACAUGCGUUCCGUACAUUCGGUACAGGAGAAGAUCUCCGCCGGCUCGUUUAUGCACGACAGGUCAGCCCUUUGGACCACAUUCUUGUUAGGCCUGUUUGAGGUAUGUGAACUCAUGCAUGACGCCACUGGUACGAACUGGCUUGCUCACUUCCUACAUGGGACGUCUACGCUGCUCCGAAUCCAGAGGCCUCAGACCUUGACCUACUCAGAUGCGCAGAGUAUACAGCGACGAACGUUUUUCCUGGCGACACGAAUAUUCGAAAUAUCGCGUUCCCUCAUCUUCUCUUCGCCCACCUUUCUCAGUUCACCAGAGUGGACAACGGCAUUAGCCAAUUUCUGGGCUAACGAGGGUGCUACAUUGUGGCACCCAAAGGAAGCCUUAUUUGACAUAUUGCCUCUUAUUGCAGAUCUCAGUAUGCGUGGAUUGGGAUUUUGUAAAGGCGCAGCAGGGAUUUCGUUUGAAGAAAGAAGUUUGCGCAUUGAAGAGCUGGGCCUUGAAGGCUUUCAAAUGCGAGCAUCGUUACAAGAGUGGUGGUUCGUGGCAUCAGCGUGGGAGAACGAGUUUGGAGAUUGUUUUUCUCCCCACUCUAAUCUCAAGAAGCCAGACAAAGAGCUACUGACGGGAUACAUCUAUUACCAUGCCAUCAGCAUCUAUCUCUCUGGGACGUACGACUAUCAUCCGCAUUGGACGCCGAGUAGUGCGCCAAUUCUGUCGCAGAGCACAAUUGAAUGGCACGUAGCUGAGAUACUUGCGACAAGUCAUACUCUGCUAGACCUAGGUGUGGCAGGCAUCUUGUUGUUCUUUCCUUUGAGAGUCGCAGGAGCUCGAGCGACAGACAUGCAGUCGAAAACCACCAUUCUGGAUCUUUUGCAGGCUAUUUCUGACCGGGGCUAUGCCGUGGCAGAAGCCAUCAGAACCGAUCUCUUCGAGGUGUGGUCCUCUAAGAGCAAUGAUGAGGAAGAAUAA